GCCGUUCAGUGAUCAUUCGGCUGAAGAGUGGAGGUCACUCGACGGGUGACUUUUUCACCCACUGAAACUAGAUUGCUGAAAAGACAUUUGAAUAUGGCCCCCAGAAAUCGUCUACAUUGCUACGUUUGCAACAGAGCAUAUACUCCUGGACAGAUGGCUCGCAUAGAUGGCGAUGAAAAUGUUUAUAAAUGCGAAAUCGCUAUUUUGAGAAGAAAUGAAGUUAAUAGGCCACCACCUAAUUAUUACGAAUAUACCAGAAUAUGCUUCAACUGUAAUCAGUUCAUUCUCAAUGAAAUAGCUGCUGUUGAAAGAGACCCUUCUUCUGUGAGACUUAACGUAGUGACUCAAACCGGAAGUCAAACUUGCAUGUUUUGCGAUGCUGAAAUUGAUAUACAGAGGCUUUCAUUGGAAUGUAGAGUGGACCUUUUCGUUGUACAAAAUAUAUAUAUAUCCCCGAUAAUGUCAAAUCCUGCAGAAAUCAUGUGA